AAAUAAACAUCAUCGCUAGGGUGUCUGCCCCAGGCCAGCUGAAGCCCACCUUCCACACGGCUCUUUGGAGGAAACUCAAAGUGGCUGGUGGCACCGGCAGGUUGGAGGAAAGGGGCCUGAGCUUAGGGAGCCGCAGGGAAGGGUGUCCAGAUCUCCCAGGAGGGUCUGAAAGCAGGCUCUCCCCUUGUCUGUCUGUUACAGAUGGAGCUCCCGAAGGUCUUCUCUGGCCAAUGGACAUUCCUAUCUGCCAUCCUCAACCUGCUAUCACUCGGCCUCUCCACAGCAUUCCUGCUCAGCAACUCCUGGUUUGUGGACACACAGAAGGUGCCCAAGCCCCUGUGCAGAGAAGGUCUGGCAACCAAGUGCUUUGAGCUGCCAGUGCCCUUGGAUGGGGGCAGCAGCAGCACAUCAUCCCAGGAGGUGGUGCAAUGCACCUGGGAGACUGGGGAUGACCGCUUCUCCUGCCAUACCUUCCGGAGUGGCAUGCGGCUAUCCUGUGAGGAAACUGUGGAAGAACCAGGGAAGAAAUGCCGACGUUCCCUUGAACUCACACCAUCAACCAAGAGAGAGAUCCUAUGGCUAUUACUGGGAGCCCAGUUUGCCUGCAUCAGACUUGAACUCAUCGGUUUCCUCCUCCUAUUAACGGACUUGCUGUUCACCGGGAACCCUGGCUGUGGGCUCAAGCUGAGAGCCUUGGCUGCUAUCUCCUCUGUCAUGUCAGGCCUUCUGGGGAUGGUGGCCCGCAUGAUGUACUCACAAGUCUUCCAGGCAACUGCCAACUUGGGUCCAGAAGAUUGGAGGCCACAUGCUUGGAAUUAUGGGUGGACCUUCUAGGACACCUGAAUUUCCUUCACCUGCUGCAUGGCAUCAGCUGUCACCACCUUCAAGACGUACACCAAGCUGGUGCUGGAGUUCAAGUGCAAGCACAGGAAGAGCUUCAAAGGAAACCUGAGUUGCCUGCCACACCAUCACCAGUGUUUCCUCCAACCGCUGCCAAGUGCAGCCCACAGGGGCCCUCUGACCAGCUACCACCAGAACCACAAUCAGCCCAGCCGCCCUGUCUCCGAAGGAGUUGACUUCUACGCAGAGCUACGCAACCAGGAAUUCCAACACGACACCAGCCAGGGGCUACAAGAACUGGCUGGGUCCCCUGUAGAAUAGUGUUAGGAGUAAGUGGGUUUGGAGAGCAGGCUGAGCCCCACCUUACAUGCUUGUUGUCAACACGUGCUUAAGCCGAAGUCUGUUUCUUGAGCAUGGUUUUUAGAGGUUAAGGACAAGGGUAUGUCCAAGUACAAGUACAAAGUGUUUGUGUGGGGCGUGCCGGGUGCCACUGCUCCCUUUCCCUUCACAGCUCAAUCUCCUUUCACUGUCUAUACCUCACGCGUUCAGAUUCGUUUUCUCUCCUUUACUCAUUGCUUGUUAUGAGCUGGGUUCUGGGCUAAGCAAUGGAGAUUUAAAAAAGAGGAGUAAAAUGCAGUUCUUGCCCUUUAGGGGCUUAUCAAUCUGGUCAUCUGUCUGGGGUUUGGAGGAAUGGAGGUGGGCAAAUCAGCAGUCGAUGAUUGUGGCUCAAUUAUGCAUGGUGCACUUGAAUGUCCUGGAAGUCACAGAAGGAAACGAAGGCAAUCCUAGGGGCUGUGACAUGUAGAUGUCCCUCACACUGCCUCUUACAUGCUCUGCCUCCACACAGUGGACACCCAAUGAAAGUGUAAUUAAGUAUGAUCCUAGAAGCCAGUAGGAGAUGAGUGUGGAUGAGAAGGCUCCAACCACAUGCAGGGACAGGCCCACUUCCAGAAAUGGCCCACUGAGGCUACUGAGGCAGGACUAUGCCUCCCCAGUGGAGAAACACACAGGAGAAUUCCCCAGUGAACAGGCUGCGGGCUGUGCUCCUCUCUCGAUCCCCACCUUCUCACCCAUCCACAGGGGAAAACAAACCAUCCUUGAUAGUUAAGAAUGAGAAUGGCACACAAGUAUGUUCCUAUUCAUGGUAUUUAUUUGUUCUGUAACAGUUCACAUUUUAUUUAUUUAUUUUUAAAUCCUUAUUGUUGAAGGUAUUACAUAUGUCUCCUUUUUCCCCCACUGACCUAACAGUUCACAUUUUAAAUAGUACUUCCUGACAACACACCAGCUGGCUCUUCUUUAACAUGGGCAAUAAGGACAGCAAUUCACAUUCAAGGGCAGCAGACACCGUCUGGGGGGUGGAAAGGGUUUCUAAGGGAAGGAAAGAGGAGAGACUGGGAGGAGAAAGACCCCUGCACUUGCAGAAGUCAGUACUAUUUCUAGGGAACUGUCACAUUGGCCUUGCGGCAACCCCAUGUUGGAAAUGAAGAAUGAAAUCUGGGUGGGUGGUUGCCUGAGAGGAAAAGUUGUUUAGAGACACACUGAACAAGAAACCCGAAGCCAUACUGGUCAGAUGAAGCUUUCACCAUCUCUGCCACCAUUUACACCUCCUGUACUGGCUGCAAGAGGGAGAGGAAACCUAGAGCUUGUACCAUGUUUAGCAAAGAGAGUCAAACUUAUCACAGUAAAAACAAUCUAUGUUAAUUUGCAAACACACCAUGAAGAAUUUAGGGGCAUUAUGUUUUUCUAGCUUCCUCUUACAUUGUUUCUGGGAUUCACCCAGCACAACUACCUAAAACAAUCCCCCUAAACCAGGUCCUCAGAAAACAACUUCACAUGUUACUCCUGCCUAAAGGCCUCAACAUGGAUAGAGAACCAGGCUGAGGCCCACAUGGUCCUCAGCCCAGGCUGCAGGACCACCACCCAAGUUUUAGGUAUUCUGUCAACUAUAAAUGAGUCUUAGAAUUCUCUACUAGACCUUACUCUCUUCUAUCCAGGUAGAUUCAAACCCUAGAAGUACAUCUGGAGUCAUCCCCAUACUCCUGGGUACACUGUUAAUGGUCCCUCAAGUUUGUAAUAAACUUGACCUACUCAUGCCCCAACACAUGCCUUCCAAAGUGUUGAAACCAAAUUUGCUUUCACAGACUUAAGGCAGCAAGGUGCCCAGAAACCUAUAGCAAGGCCAACCUCAGGCCCGGCUACAUGCCUGAGGGGAGCUAUUGCUACCAACCUUCUGUGAUGCCAUAAUGCCUAAUGGGGUAGUUACUAUCUAUCCCAUCAAUGUAGGCUCCCUAAUUUUCUGUAAUCUCUCUCUAUUCUGAAUUCCUUUAUUAACACAAGUUAAAAAAUACGGUCUCAAGUAAAGAGAGAACCCGAGUGGCACUCAGAGAUGACUUAUCGAAACUAUUCACGAGGAAAAGCAGUUCUCCUCCAGUUAACACGGGAUCUCGGCUAAAUACACAUGACCUAGAAGUUUAGGAGAGAACUUAGUAGAAGAAGGGAGAAUCACUGGAGAAAAUU